GGGAAGGGCGGGGCGUUAGACCGCAACCCCUGCUGGGAAGUGUAGUUUCUCCCUCCUCCUCUUCGGAGGGAAGGGCGUUCACUGCACCGGGUCACCGAGGCCAGUCUGCGCAGAGGACACGCUGAACUGCGUUUGGCUGGCUGGUCACACAUCUGGGGGCUGUGUGAGAAGAUCGAGUGGGGAAGGGGAUUUGGGGUGCUGGAGACUGCCCUUUAGGUCACCGAGAGCCAGCCCUACGGCCGCAUUCCGUCCAAGUAAGAAUGGCAGUGACCCAGCACGGCUUGGGGACCCAGUUAGGGGGCCCAGAAAGAGGGAGAUUUAUUCAAACAAAUGUAAAGACCCCGUAACAACAUGUGUGAACCUGACUGCAAGGCUGGGACAAGAUAUGAGGUGCAAAGAAUCCAGUUUCAAUCAAGUUGAGAUGGCCGUCUCCAGGAGGAUUUGGAGAAGAAUCCCAGUAGUAAUUAAAAUUCUCAACUAGCUCUAUUAGGAAAGGUAGAUGGACUAUAAGGCCAUUGCCCAACAAACUGUCCAAGAACUUAUAGGUUACAAUCAAGACACAUCAGGCUGGAAAGUGGUUAAAACUGCAAAAAAGAUCACUGUGUACAGCAAGCCUUCCAAAAUAUUCCCUGGAAAUCUAUACCGUGUUGAAGGAAUAAUUCCAGAAUCAACUUCUAAACUAUCUGAUUUCCUCUACAAGCCUGAAAACAGAGUUACAUGGGAUAAAUCACUGAAAGUGUGCGAUAUGAUGCACAAGGUUGAUAAGGAUACAUUCAUAUGUCACACCAUUACACAAAGUUUUGCCAUGGGCUCCAUUUCCCCCCGAGACUUUAUCGACGUGGUAUACAUCAAGCACUAUGAAGGAAACGUGUAUGUUAUCAGUUCUAAGAGUGUGGAUUUUUCAGCAUGUCCUCCAUCUCCAAAUUACAUCCGUGGUUUUAACCAUGCUUGUGGCUAUAUAUGCUCACCUCUGAAAGAGAACCCAGCAUAUUCCAAACUGGUGAUGUUUGUCCAGACAGAAAUGAAAGGAAAAUUGUCCCCAUCCAUAGUUGAUGCAACCAUGCCUUCCAACUUAAUAAACUUCAUUCUCAGUGCAAAAGACGGAAUAAAGAUUCAUAAAACUGCAAGACAUGGAUAUCAUCAUAAUGGUCACUCAUCAAUCUUAAAGAAGAAAUGAAGCCGUUCUGCCAUAAACUCAUCUUUGGCAUUUACUGUAGUUUGCCUCUAAAUCAAUAUGCAUAAAUACUGUUAAACUAUCCGAGACAGUAUUCUUGUACAACUUACGGAAGGUACUUUGUGAAAAUAAGAACUCAUAGUUGCAUAAGAGAACAACAUUAAAUAUAGUUUUUAAUCUCACUUGAGCAUAAUGUUAAAUCACAAGCAUUCUUAUGCCCUUUUAUCUUUUCUUUCCCAUUCCCUGAAAAUGCUCUGCAAGAGAAUCAGAAAGAGAGCACAUGCAGUCAGAGGUCAGCUUUAAUUAAAGACUAAAAUUAUUUUA